UUUAAAUGUAAUUAAUAUGAAUUUUAAGUGAAAUUACUACUUUAAAUAUUAUCUAACUUCAAAUUUUCUUAAUAUUGUUAAGCGUUAUAAAUCUAUUCCAAUUCAUUAUGUAUAAAAAUCAUUAAUUGAUACUUACCUUAAGAGCAUUUUGUACUUGGUUUAAUUGAUCAAGCGGAAGAGCCUGUAUUAAAAGAUCAAGAGAAAUGUAAUGAAUGUUAUAGAACGAAAUAUCAUACGUACAAGAACAGCAGCAAUGCCGAGAAUGGCGAAAAUUGCAAAUUAUAGAUGUAGAUAUUGGCUAGUAAUAUUUGUCCAGCUCAGUGGUAACAUUGUUAUUUCAAAUCUUAAAUGGCUACACUAGUAAACACUGUACGUUAAAACCGUUGUACCUUGAUCAGGAAAGGAAUAAUGUAAUUAUGACAUAAAAAUAAUACAAUAACGAUGGAAGAAUUUAAUAUUGAUAUUGUGCAUGUUCUUCAGAAUAGAGAUUUUAGUGUGUUGCAGAAGUUAGUAUCACAUUGUUAUGAUUUUCGAGCAAAAAUUGCUGCUAAAAUUGAAGAUACAACUGCAUAUGAAUCUGAAUGUAUAGAGAAAAUAGCACAAAGCGGUAACAAAAUAUUAGAGUUAGAGCAAGAAGUUGAAAGUUUAAAAUCUGAUAUAGAUACAACAAAAUUGCAACAAAAAAUUAUAGAUAAAAAGAUUACUAAUUCAAUUAAACAGCAAGAAAAAUUAGAAGAUGAAGUUAAUAAUGCCAAAGUAAAAAGAGACAGCUUGUCUGUUGAAAUUGUUGAUUUACGCGAAGAAUCAGAACAAAGAAAAGAACAGAAAUUAUUAACUUGGAAAAGUAUUAAACUUGCUUGUCACACAUAUAAACAGCAUUUGGGCUUUCAUAUAGAAUUAAUCAAUAACAAAGAACAAGAACAAAUUAAAGUUUCCUUUUUUAUAAAUAACACUAAUGCAAAGGAUAAAUACUUCGUACAAUUACUUAAUUGUAAUAAUCAGUGGAGAGUGGAACAGAUUCAACCUACUCUUAAAGCAGAACAUUUGAGUAACUUUGAAGGAAUUAUUGACUUUUCUAAACAAUCAGAAGUUUUGGAUGUAACUGCACUUCUUUGUAAGCUCAGAGAAACAUUUGUUAAGUAUUACUAAAAACAAAAUAAAAUUGAAACCUUAUAUAUAUAUAUAUACAUAGGUACGGAUAAAUUUAUAACAUUGAUGCUAUUUAUUAUAAGAUUAAAGCCUUUAUUAAUAAAAAUUAAUAACUGAAUUGUCUUAUUACAUAUGAAAAAUUUGCAACACUAUACAUAGCAAAACUUAACAUUGGUAUAAUUUUAUUAAAAUAUAUUCAUUAUUAGUAUAAGUAUCUGUGGUAUUGUUACAUACAUAUGUUGUGACACGUAUCUUAAUGUACUAUUUGCCUACAGCUCAGAUUGGAAACAGUAAACUGCUAAUCACAGUGUAGAUAAAUUAUUUAGAUACUAAAAUUAUAAAGAAGUUUCCACUUGAUUUCUAUUUAUAUAUGGCACUUAUAUAUAUGAUACAUUU